AUCCCGGAAGCAGGUUGAAGGCCGUUGUGGUCACUGUGGUCUCCCUGGCUCGGUCUGCCCAGGAGUGAAGGGGUUGUGUUGUCGCCAUGGGCGACCCUGACCCCCGCUACCCUUGCUCCUCAAUCGAGGAUGACUUCAACUAUGGCAGCUGCGUGGCCUCCGCCAGCGUGCACAUCCGAAUGGCUUUCCUCAGAAAAGUCUACACCAUACUUUCUCUGCAAGUUCUCUUAACUACGGUGACCUCUACAGUGUUCUUAUCCUUUGAGUCUAUACGGACCUUUGUACAUGAAAGUCCUGCCUUGAUUUUGGUGUUUGCCCUCGGAUCUCUGGGUUUGAUUUUUGCAUUGACCUUAAACAGACAUAAACAUCCUCUUAACCUGUACCUGCUUUUUGGAUUUACACUGUUGGAAGCUCUGACUGUGGCAGUUGUGGUUACUUUCUACGAUGUAUAUAUAAUUCUGCAAGCUUUUGUACUGACUACUACAGUAUUUCUCGGUUUAACCAUAUAUACUCUACAAUCUAAGAGAGAUUUCAGCAAAUUUGGAGCAGGGCUUUUUGCUGUUUUGUGGAUUUUAUGCUUGGCAGGAUUCUUGAAGAUUUUUUUUUAUAGUGAGACAGUGGAAUUGGUCUUGGCUGCUGUAGGAGCCCUUCUUUUCUGUGGAUUCAUCAUCUAUGACACACACACACUGAUGCAUAAACUGUCACCUGAAGAGUAUGUAUUAGCUGCGAUCAGCCUCUACAUGGAUAUUAUUAAUCUAUUCCUGCACCUGUUACGGUUUUUGGAAGCAGUUAAUAAAAAGUAAUUGAAAGCUGUAUACAGAACUGUUUAUUAAGUAAUAAAGAUUGAGACAUAAUUAAAUAUCAAAUACUUUUAUGGUCUUUAUUGAUAUUCUGUAUACUUCUGAGCUUUAAAAUCGUACCAUUUUUUAUGGUUUAUCAUUCUUAAUACUUUGAUUUAGAAUCUCAGGUAAGAGGUAUCAAAAUUGUCUUUUUUACUUUUUUCAGUCCUAAGUUAACUAUGCCUCCCUAUUUGUUUAUAAUUCAAAAUAAUUUUAUGAGCAUUUAAAAUAUCAGUUUCUUUAUUUAUUGAUUUAAUCUAAAUUUUCUCUUAACUAAUAUUUAUUUCUAAAGUGCUAGUGUCUUUACCAUUAUAAACACUAGUAUUAAUUAAUGUGUAAAUCUUUUACUAUGAGAUUUUAAUCUCAUUUAGUAAGGAAAAUAAUGGAAAAGAUAAAUUCCAAAGAUAAUUACUCAGUAUUAUAUUGAAAUUAUAUUAAAAUGUUAAUGAUGUCUCAUUAUAAAAUGAUGUAUUAAAAAUUAAAGGUUUACUUAAAAGCCGAUAUAAAAUUUUGAUAGUAGUUAUUUAUCUCUGUAAAUAAAGGUUUCAUUUUAAAAUUAUAGAAUGGUCGUGUGACUAAAGGACCCCCAAAGAUACUGGUUCAU